AUGUAUUAUCGGCGGCUAAGCUUCGAAAAUGAUCUGUUCACGGCGACAGCCUACAAAAGAAAUUACCGGAAUCCGCUGAUCGAACAUCUCUUCACUUCGAGACGAUCACGGCCGCUAAAGCCUAAUUCGUUGUCAGCAACCCGGAUCAAAUCCACAGCCCCGAGUCUUGACGAAAGAGCCAUAACUCCAAAUACUCAUGAGAGCCUGCAGGUCCAUGUUCAAAAGGAAUUUGCCAAUGAGCAAGCCAAACAGAGCUACGUCGCUGCCCUCGAAAGCUUGAGUAAGAGUGACAAGGACAAAGCUCUUCUCGAGGCUUGCCGUAGUGGUGAUGCAAAGCUUGUUGAAUCUUAUUUGAAGAAUCAAAGGAGCUAUGGCGAGCAAAACUAUGCUCGAAAGCGCCUUCUGCUGGAAGGCUUGAAAGAUGCGAUUGUAGUCGGAUAUCAUGACGUUGUGAGGAGGCUCCUAAGCCUUGACAUUCCCCUUAACAACCCAUUACCGGGGGCCUACGGCUGGGUUCCUCUUCAAUUUGCCGCUCACAGAGGCGAUGUAGCAAUGGCAAAUAUACUCUUGGAAGCCGGGGCCGAUGUGUCUCCCUCGGGCAGCGGCACCACCCCACCCAUCCACAUUGCUUCACAUAGAGGAAGCUUGGAGAUCACUUCUAUGUUGCUUACUGCCGGCGCUGCUAUUGACUCAACCGAUGGCUACGGAUUCCAACCAAUCCAUCUCGCAUCGACGUAUGUAGAGAGAUCUGCUCAAAUUGCCCUACUCGUCAGCGCAGGCGCAAAUGUAGAAGCACUAAACCCUCUCGCACCGUCGUGGCAGACGUCCCCACUCCAACUCGCGUGCCUUACAGGCCAACUGGCAAACGUGUGCGCUCUCCUUGACCUCGGCACCAUAAUCGACAUGGGGCGAAACCUUCUCGACGCGCCACUGGGUAUCGCGAUCCGCCAACGUCAUGUAAGGAUCGUACAGGCAGUUUUGAAGCGUGGCGCUGAUGCAAAUUAUGCGUCCAAAUCCAAAUCGAAGAGCUUGUUCGCUACGCAAAGCGUUCGUCUGGGAGGACCCGGCAUGACGCCUCUUAGCCUAUUAGCCAAGCAUUUCGGUGACGCGCGCAGGAAGACUGCGCUCGAUCAGCCGAUGCUUGAGUUACUACUGGAGCAUGGCGCGGAUUUGAAGUCGAAGGAUGAUGAAGGUAAUCAGGUUCUGCAUUAUCUAUGCAUGAGCCAGUCCUCGGUGAACCUCGACUUCAGGAACAAUGCGAACGACGAGAGAUUAAUUUUGACGCUCUUGGACCAGGGCAUCGACGUCAAUGCUACGAACUAUCACGGCGAGUGUCCGCUGUUCCUGGCUGCUGUGAACUGCAACGAACAACUCGUUUCUUUGCUCUUGCUGAACGGAGCGAGGUGUUUGUCCAGUGCGGAGCUUUUUCGAUUGUCUAAGAUCGUGGAAGGGGUUGAAAAGGGACGACCAGAUAUGCGAGAUAAUUUUAGGGAGGUGAUGAGGCUUUUCGAUACAGAAAAAGAGAAGGGAGCGAGGGAGGAAGUGGAGAAAGUGCCGAGACGGGCGUGA